AUGACAAGAAAAGGUCGCAAACUCGACACGUACCAGGUGUGCGUGACGAUCAUCGAGGCUCGUCAUCUCGAGCUCAACGCCAAUCCCAGGGUAGUCGUGCGAGUUGGCGAUCGCAAGAAAAAGACAGCCGUGCGCAAGACCACGGACAGCCCUUACUACGGCGAGUACUUUGUGUUCGAGCUGACUUGUACGAUGGAGUCACUGCUGAGUACGCGCAUCGAGUUGGCGGUGUACCUGUGUGGCCGCCUUGGGCGUAGUAAGUUUCACGGCUGCUGUGAUUUCGAGCUUGCGACCGUCUGGGAUCAACCCGAUCGCCAAUAUUACCACAAGUGGGCGAUGUUAACGAAUCCACGCGAUCCCGCUGCCGGCAGCAGAGGAUACGUCAAGUGCAAUAUCGCCGUGCAUGCUAAGGGAUAUAGGAUGAGGGUACCACCCGGCAGCGACGCCGAGGACGACAUAGAAGGGAAUUUGCUGUUGCCACUAGCCGACUCGAAAUAUUUUGCGACAAGACAACGCGCGAGCUACGCGUUUACGAUACAUCGGGUUGAAGAUACGCCGUCCGACGGCAAAUACUGCGUUUCCAUUUCCUUUGCUGGGAUGAAGGCAUCGACGAGUUGCGUGGAAAACGAGCGAGUGGACGAACGAUUGGUGUUUAGCGACAUGUUUCCACCGCUUUGCCAUCGCGCGAGAAUUAUCCUCAAGAGACGAAAGUCCAGCGUUACAAAAAGCGAGGAGUUCGCCACAUACUUGCUCAAUUUUAAACAUAUUUCAAAUUCUGGAGAAUACGGUUUCCUGCCGACUUUUGGUCCGUCGUUCUUGCAUUUAUACGCAAACUUAACAGACUCGAGCGGACCGAUUUAUCGAGGUCGACUUCUACUAUCUCUGAAGACGGAAAUCGAACAGAUAGAGGAUGUCUCAGGCACCGGUGUCCAGAUUCAACCUGCUGCAUCUAUCAUUCAGGACAGUCUAUGGAGAACGGAUGAGUACUUGCUGGUAGGCGUGCUCUUCGACGCGUGCAUGAUCGAUCGUGGAAUACUUGCUAGUGGCAAGACGGCAGGGAUUGGAUUGAGCUUAGGCAAUGCCGGCAGCGACGUGACGACAGGUAUUGCAAGGAUUUAAAAGGUGUCUCAUCUUUCACAUAUCCUCUAGGCAUGCCAUUUCCAUUCUAUUAUUCGAUGAAUUCAAACAGAAUCUGAGACGGGACACGCCACUCUGGACAGUCGUAGUGAAACUCCUGCCAGCAUAAUUGUCGGACUGGACCAGAGGUACAACUGCAUGCCGCUUGGUACGAAAAAACCAUGUGUUUUUGUCAAGUCGCGCUGGCCGAAUACCGAGUGGCGAGUGAGGAAUUCCAAUCGGCUUUCCUGUAUAGCGAGUUAUCUCGAAACUGAAUUAGAAAGAAUAGAAUCACUACUCUCGUUAGAAAAUGAGAAAGCUUACCUUGCCUACAACAUAAUAACGCGCAACCUCAAACGAUGUUGCGUUGGAUACUUAAAUAGCUUGCCAGACUUUGCAACCAUUUGCAAAGGUGGCAAUAAAGAAGACAUUCAGUCUUGUUUAACGGCUUUGGACAGGCACAGAUUGAAUCAUUGCAAGCGGGAAAUCGAAAGAGUCUUGGAAAGAGUGAAAAUCAAUGGAGAAUUGACAGAUAAUCGGUUUAUUAGAAUCGCUAUGGCUCACGUUUAUAAGCAUCAUAAGACAAUUAAACUGUUGUGCGACGAUCCUCAACACAGUCUGCCCGACGUGUUUCUUUAUCUGCAAACGACAACGCGACACUUAGCUUUCGCUCGUUUACCUUCAUCGACUGUCACUUACGCAGUCGAACGUCCCGAACGAGGUGUCAACUGCGGUAAACGUUUAGAUGUAUUUCUUUAUCGUCGUGGCGACGAGUCGGAUCGACAACCAGCUUGCAAGCUCGAACUCUUUCUCUGGCUUGGCGAGUCAAAAUUCGCGAAUGAAUGUUGGAAUUGGCUACCGCCAGGAUUUACAACAGGCGAUAGAACUACGAUGUUCCCAGAAUUUUUGGAAUACGACAAAGUGUCGAAAUACCAACUACGAGCUCACAUAUAUCAAGGAAGAUUCGAACCGGGAAUGGAUUCUUCUGGUUUACUGGACCCUUUGCUGCGUGUCUUUUUUCAAGGCUAUACCAUGGCCACAAGGGUCAUUAAACAGACACUCGACCCAUUCUGGAACCAAACUCUAGUGUUUCCAGCAGUGGUAAUAUGCGGCGAAUGCGAGUACGUGAAAAAACAACCGCCCAAAGUCGUCAUAGAAGCUUUCGACAGAGAUUAUUGCAACAGCUUCGAACUGUACGGCCGUUGCAUCGCCACGCCACUGGUCAAGCUAUUCAACGACGACUAUGAGCCAGCGAGCAAACUAAGCUGGCAUCGCUUCCCAAACGGUGGUGCCGUAUUGGCUGCACUCGAACUCAUCGAGAUCGGCGAUAAGUCCAAUGAAGAAGAAUCUCCGGCCGACGGUGGCAAACAGAUAAUCCGCAUCCCGGAAAACAUAAGACCUCGCACGGCAAAUUUUCGCCUGGAAGUGAUAUUCUGGGGCGUCCGCGAUUUGCGUCGUGUGCGCCUCGUAGCCGUUCACCGUCCAAAAAUUAUCGUCGAGUGCGCUGGUACGAGAGUUGAGUCGCCGGUUAUGAAUAACGCCAAGCGCUUCGCAAAUUUUAAGGAGAUUUGGGCGAGCGUCGAUUUUGAAAUGCCCGAAAAUGAAGCUUACUAUCCACCGUUGACCAUCAAAGCCUACGAUUCUCGUGGUUUUGGCUACUUCAAUUACAUCGGCGUAUGUAGUCUGCCAACAAUAAGCCUAUUCGUGCAACGGCUGCUCACUCGGGCCGAGUACGAGGCUGCAAUUUAUCACGUCGGCGGUACGGCGAGGAAGUCUCGACCAUCGCCGGCUGUUACCCGCCAACACGAAGUGGCGAUAGAUCUCGAGGACGAUGAGACAACGGCGUUGACAAGCUACAAAAAAUUGGCUGCUAAGCCUACCGCUACAGUCGGAUUCUCGGCUCGCAGGCUGCUUAAAGGUCUACUUAGUUGGCGAAGAAGAAGGAAGACCGAGCACGUAGACGACGACGUUGCUGCGCUCGACAGGAACGAAUCGCACGACUGGUGGAGCAAGUACUAUGCCUCUCUUGAGGAAGAAAAGGAUCGAGAGCGUGGCCUGCUGCCAAAUUCUCGGCGCUUAGCGACUUUUAAAGUUUACAAUGGCGAAUUGGAAGCGCAAGCCGAAUUCGAUGGUUUUCAAGACAGAUUACGAACUUUUGAGCUUAAACGUGGAAAGAAAGUCGUUGGCGAGGACGACGACGAUUACGGUUGUGCAGGAAAAUUCAAAGGUUUUGUAACAGUGUAUCGCUGGCCUCAUGCCGACGGUUUCAAUUGCGUCAACUUGGCAGGUAGGAACGCCAACCAAGGUCUUCUCACCGACUAUCCAUCUACCGCGCCUCUCAAACUUCUUGUGCGUCUUUACGUUAUCAAAGCCAUCAACCUGAGACCCAGUGAUUCUUUGAGUGGCAAAGCCGAUCCGUAUUUACGCCUAACACUUGGUAAAAGUCGCAUCAACGAGAGAAAGAGAUAUUUGCCAAAUCAGCUUAAUCCAACCUUCGGCAGAGUGUUCGAGUUAGAGGCAACAUUUCCGCACGACCACACCUUAACGAUUCAAGUCUGGGACUACGAUACAAGCUCAUCGGACGAUUUGAUCGGCGAGACACGUAUCGACCUGGAAAGUCGUUUCUACAGUCGUCAUCGCGCUCAUUGUGGCCUUGCCAAACGUUACCACCUCAUCGGUUACAACCGCUGGCGUGAUCGCGAACGACCGUGCCAGAUUUUAAGACAACUCUGUCGCAGACAUGGUUUACCUUUGCCCGAGUAUUGGAAGGAUCAUGUAGCCAUUGGCAAGGUCAAGUUUUAUUGCGCGAGAGACGUCGAAGAUGAUGCUGAAGUAGAAGAGCGAAUGGCACUUAGUGUUCUACAUCGUUGGUCGGAGAUGUCACACUGCGGAUGCACCCUCGUGCCUGAGCAUAUCGAGCGACGGCCGCUUUUCAAUCUCAAAAGGCCCCAACUCGAGCAGGGUCGACUCGAGAUGUGGAUUGACAUGUUUCCCGUGGAUGAGUUACCAUUGAAACCAGCAAUCGACAUAAGCCCACAGCCGCCGGAAAACUAUGAAAUACGCGUGAUUGUCUGGAACACGGAGGACGUGCCACUCGUCGACAGCCAGUUUCUCACCGGUGAAAAGUGUUCCGACAUCUAUGUCAAAGGAUGGAUUUUGCCGGAAGAUACACAGUGCACGGAUGUACAUUACAAUUCUUUGACGGGAGAAGGUAAUUUCAACUGGCGCUUCGUUUAUCGGGUGACCUGGGCGAAAGGCGAACGAAUGAUGAUUAUACGGCGAAAGAGUUCUGUAUUCGCUCGACAAGAGACCGAGUUGAAAAUGCCUUGCAAGCUUACGCUGCAGGUUUGGGAUAGUGAUCAUUUCUCCAAGGAUGACUUUCUUGGUGCACUGAGCCUCGACCUAGCGAACAUGCCGAGAGGCAGCCAUAGUUCGACGAACUGUACUCUGAGGCUGAUUGAUCCGCAGUCGCCGCGAGUCAGCUUGUUUAGCGUACAGAGAACUCGUGCUUGGUGGCCUCUCGCCAGUAUCGAUGUGGAUAGCAAGCAUAAGCCUGCGGGCAAGAUCGAGCUCGAGUUAAGUCUACUGACAGCAUCCGAGGCAGAUAAACGACCAGUAGGAAAAGCUCGCGAACCACCUGAAGCUUUAUCACCACCCGAUCGGCCUGACACGUCAUUCUCCUGGUUUCGGAAUCCAUGGAAAGCAUGUUGCUUUGUGGUCUGCCGCUACUACAGAUGGAGAAUUCUAGGCUGCUGCAUGUGCACCUUACUUGUACUAUUAAUUGGCUGUGCCAUUUAUGCCUUUCCCGGUUACCUCGUCAAGCGUUUUCUUGGAGCUUAA